AUGUCCGAUGCUUCCAGGGGCUACACCAAGAUCAGAGACAUCGGUUCAGGUAGCUAUGGAAAGGCUGUGCUGGUUCAGGACCAAAACAGCAAGCUCUACGUCAUGAAGAUCAUUGACAUGAGCAGAAUGGAUACCAAGCAGCGUAAGGAUGCAAUCAAUGAAGUCAGGGUCCUUUCUUCCUUGAAGCAUCCGUACAUAGUGUCGUACCGAGAAAGCUACACGGAGCAUCGGAACCUCGCCAUUGUCAUGGACUACGCGGAUGGUGGGGACCUGCAUCAGCGCAUCACCCGCACCCGGCAAGCGGGGAAGUCCUUCUCAGAGGACCGCAUCGUGAGGUGGCUCACGGAAGCGACGCUGGCUCUCAAGUACCUGCACGACAAGCACGUGCUGCACAGAGACUUGAAGACUCAGAAUCUUUUCCUCACUGCCCAGGACCGCCUGCGGAUCGGUGACUUUGGGAUCUCGAAGGUUCUGGAAAGUACGUGCGCCUUCGCCAAGACGACGAUUGGGACACCGUACUACUUGAGUCCAGAGAUUU